AGCGGUCGCCUUUAAAGGCGCGGGGCCGCCGCCCGCGGACAGUCAGGCUGGAGGGAGCCGAAGUCCCUGAGCUGCUCGCGCCCCGGUGAUGCCCCUGCCGUCCCGACGCCCGCCAGCCUGAGCCGGCUGCGCACGUGGCCGCGCGCCCGCCCCAGUCCCAUCCGUAGGCGCCUGGCGCCCGGCCCCGGAGCGGCUUCGGUGUCCCCGCCGGCCCCCGGCCGGUCUCCCACGCCUCCACCCGCCGCUGGCCCGGCCGCCAUGCAGGCGCGCGCGCUGCUCCUGGCCGCGCUGGCCGCGCUGGCCUCGCUGACGCUGGCCCGGGAGCCCCCCGCGGCGCCAUGCCCGGCGCGCUGCGACGUGUCGCGGUGUCCCAGCCCCCGCUGCCCCGGUGGCUACGUGCCGGACCUCUGCAACUGCUGCCUGGUGUGCGCCGCCAGCGAGGGCGAACCCUGCGGGGGCCCCCUGGACUCGCCGUGCGGAGAGAGCCUGGAGUGUGUGCGCGGCCUGUGCCGCUGCCGCUGGACGCACCCCGUGUGCGGCACCGACGGGCACACCUAUGCCAACGUGUGCGCGCUGCAGGCGGCCAGCCGCCGCGCGCUGCAGCUCUCAGGGACGCCCGUGCGCCAGCUGCAGAAGGGCGCCUGCCCGUUGGGUCUCCACCAGCUGAGCAGCCCGAGGUACAAGUUCAACUUCAUCGCCGACGUGGUGGAGAAGAUCGCACCAGCCGUGGUCCACAUAGAGCUCUUCCUGAGACACCCGCUGUUUGGCCGCAACGUGCCCCUGUCCAGCGGCUCGGGCUUCAUCAUGUCAGAGGCCGGGCUGAUCGUCACCAAUGCCCACGUGGUGACCAGCAGGAACACUGCCUCAGGCCGGCAGCAGCUCAAGGUACAGCUGCAGAAUGGGGACUCCUAUGAGGCCACCAUCAAAGACAUCGACAAGAAGUCUGACAUUGCCACCAUCAAGAUCCACCCAAAGAAAAAGCUCCCCGUGUUGCUGCUGGGUCAGUCGGCUGACCUGCGGCCUGGGGAGUUCGUGGUGGCCAUCGGCAGUCCCUUCGCCCUGCAGAACACAGUGACAACGGGCAUCGUCAGCACUGCCCAGCGGGAGGGCAGGGAGCUGGGCCUCCGGGAUUCCGACAUGGACUACAUCCAGACGGAUGCCAUCAUCAAUUACGGGAACUCCGGAGGACCGCUGGUGAACCUGGAUGGCGAGGUCAUUGGCAUCAACACGCUCAAGGUCACAGCCGGCAUCUCCUUUGCCAUCCCCUCCGACCGCAUCACGCGCUUCCUCACAGAAUUCCAGGACAAGCACAUCAAAGAUUGGAAGAAGCGCUUCAUUGGCAUACGGAUGCGGACGAUUACACCAAGCCUGGUGGAUGAGCUGAAGGCCAGCAACCCGGACUUCCCAGGGGUCAGCCGUGGAAUUUACGUGCAAGAGGUCGCGCCAAAUUCACCUUCUCAGAGAGGUGGCAUCCAAGAUGGUGACAUCAUCGUCAAGGUCAACGGGCGUCCUCUGGUAGACUCGAGUGAGCUUCAGGAGGCCAUCCUGAACGAAUCUCCUCUCCUGCUGGAGGUCCGGCGGGGCAACGACGACCUUCUCUUCAGCAUCGCUCCCGAGGUGGUCAUGUGAGGGCCACGUUCCUCCAGUGCCGGGCACCAGAGCCUGCAGACAGGGGGGGACACCGCUCCCGAGGUGGUCACGUGAGGGCCGCGUCCCUCCAGUGCCGGGCACCAGAGCCUGCGGACAGCGGGGCACACCGCUCCGAGGUCAGGACGAAGGACCACUGUCGGUCCUCAGCAGGGCAGCUGCCUCCUCCGGGCUGUCCGGGGCAGAGCCGCGGCUGGGCUUGGCCAGGGGCCCGAACUGCCGCCUGGGGAGUGUGGGAUCCACAUCCCAGUGCCAGGGAGGGACGCCCAACGUCCCCUCGUAACAGAUGCUCCUGAAAGACACUUCCAGGUUCUCGGGAUAUUCACAGAACGGCCUUCUCCAGAGGUCCCCUCCCCUCCCAGCCUCCCGCCUCUGCGCCUGUGGACACCCAUCUGCAGGACCCUCUGCUUCCCCACCUCCUGCUGCAGGUCCGGGCUGCCAAGCCUCUUCCCCGCUGACGGACGCUCACCUGACCUGAGACCCUGGCUUCCUUGUGCCCCAGGACUUACCAAGCUGUAGGGCUGGGGCUGCUGCCUGCCAGCCUGGGGUCCCUGGAGAGCAGGCCACGACUGACCCCCUUGGGUUAGGCGCUGGAGCAGGCGCUGAGUGACUGUCCCCUGGCUGCGGAGCUGAGCCCCGCCCUGCCAUGAGGUUUCCCUCCCCAGGCGGGCAGAAGGCCACAGGGAGCAUGUGGAAGGCAGCUGCUGCCUCGGGAAGCUUCUCCUCCCCAAGGCGGCCACAGGGCACCCUGCAGAGGACAGUAGACUCGGACCUGUGGGAUGUGAGGACUGAGCCGACUUCCCCUUCCCACACGGCUCUGGGUUGCAACAGCUGCUCGCAUGGAAGUGCCGUCUGGAGGCAAGCGGGCUCCUGGGCAUCACCCGCUCCUCCAGGGAACGUGUGUGUCCAAGGGGCAUGUGUGAGCUUUGCUGUAAACUCGACUCCCAGUGUUGCUUGUACUGUAUGUUUCUCUACUGUAUGGAAAAUAAAGUUUACAAGCACAUGGUUCUCA